UCCUCUACUCACCACUUCAGUGGAACCACAAAGCAACAUCUUGCAUUUUAAAAAGUAUCCACUGCUAAAUAAUAUGACAAGCAAUACAAUCGGGGGUGGUACAAACAACUGCAGUAGUUUUGUCAAGUCAUGUGAUCAUUGCAUGACCCCAGGACGCAAAGGCGGCUGGAGACGUAAUCAGGGAAGGGAAGUAGGAGAAGCAAACAAAGAGUUAGCGCUAACAGCAGCAACCGUCAACAAGAUAGAACCAGGUGACGAGAAGAGAGUACGGGGGAACAGAGGACAAAGCAGAACAGGAAGUAGAAGAAAAAAUAAGAGCGCUAAACAGGAAGCAACAAGAAAAAAGUGACAAUGAUAUUGUUCAGUGUUUAGACUUGUGUCACAAUAGGAAGUCAUGUUUCUGUUCCACACCCACGUAUUUGAGUGACGGAUCGCGUUUGUAUACAGGCGCUAUAAUGUUCCGCCGUCAAGUUUUGAAACUUGAAACAUGUCAAACACCACAUCUGCAGCUUCUUAAUAUCUUCAUGGGUAAAUGUUUGUCGUCGACGCGUUUGUGGUGGCAGCUUGUGUGAUGCAAACUGACGUAUGUUUAAUGUUCGCUUCUUUCACUUCCUGCUUCUGCUUGGACGGCAAUAAGUCUUUACUAGAAACUCACGAUUCAGUGGCGUCCAAAGAAGACAGCAGCCCACCUCCAAGUCCCUGCGACUUCAUGAGCCACGAGCGCCAUCGCGACCAAGUCGUCAACAAGUUCCAGACGCCGCCUGAUGCUGUGCGCAUGGUGGGCAUACGCAAAGUGGCAGGAGAAAACCUGGGUGUGACCUUCAAGGUGGAACAUGGCGAGUUAGUGAUAGCACGAAUCCUGCAUGGCGGAAUGAUCGACCAGCAAGGCCUGCUGCGUGUUGGUGAUGUCAUCAAAGAAGUGAACGGCAGAGACGUGGGACAGGAUCCUCGAGUCCUGCAGGAAGAACUGCAAGCUGCCAGUCAAGCUGUGGUUCUAAAAAUCCUCCCAAGCUACCAUGAAAGUAAUCCCCCAAGACAGAUGUUCUUCAAGUGUCACUAUGACUACGAUCCAGCGUGUGACAACCUGAUUCCCUGCAGAGAAGCAGGGUUAAAGUUCCACACAGGAGAUAUUCUGCACAUCGUCAACCAGGACGAUGUCAACUGGUGGCAGGCUCGGCAUGUGGAAGGCGGGCCCACGGGUUUGAUUCCCAGUCAAAUGCUGGAAGAGAAGAGGAAAGCCUUUGUGAAAAAAGACGUUGAACUUCUUCCUGCAGGUAACUUGUGCACAGGUGUUGGCGUGAAAAGAAAGAAAAAAAUGAUGUACGUCACCACAAAGAAUGCAGACUUUGACCAACAUGAGAUCUUGCUGUACGAGGAGGUAGCCAAAGUUCCUCCCUUCAAGCGUAAAACUCUGGUGGUGAUCGGGGCUCAAGGUGUGGGAAGACGUCGCCUGAAGAACAUGCUCCUGCUCCGAGACCCUCAUCUUUUUGGAACCACCAUCCCGUAUACUUCCAGGAAGCCCAAAAAGGAAGAGCGCGAGAGUCGGACGUACGCCUUCACCAGCCGCAAUAAGAUGGAGGCCGACAUCAAGAACGGUUGCUACCUUGAGUACGGCGAGUGUGACGGCAGUUUGUACGGGAUCAAGAUGGACGCCAUUCACGAGGUGGUGGAGGCGGGGCGCAUCUGCAUUCUGGACGCCCACCCUCAGUCUCUCAAAGUUCUGAGGACGUCCGAGUUUUUGCCCUUUGUGGUGUUCCUUCAAUCUCCAGACUUUGAGGCCCUCAAGACUAACAACUGUUCCAGCGUGGAGGCGGACGAGUCGACCAAAGUCCUUUCAGAUGAGGAGUUGCAGAGAACGUGUGAAGAGAGCGCUAAAAUCCAAGCGGCUUACGGCCAUUACUUCGACUUCACCAUCCAGAACAACAACCUGGAGGAAAGCUACUGUCAGGUCAAAGCUGCCCUGGACAUGGUCUCCAGAAGCCAUCAGUGGGUUCCUGUCACCUGGGUCUUCUAGAAGCUAUCGGUGGGUUCCUGUCACCUGGGUCUUCUAGAAGCCUUUAGUGGGUUCCUGUCACCUGGGUGUUCUAGAAGCCAUCAGUGGGUUCCUGUCACCUGGGUCUCCCGAAGCCAUCAAUGGGUUCAUGUCAUCUGGGUCUUCUAGAAACCAUCAGUGGGUUCCUGUCACCUGGGUCUCCCGAAGCCAUCAAUGGGUUCCUGUAUACUGGGUCUUUUAGAAGCCAUCAGUGGGUUCCUGUCACCUGGGUCUUCUAGAAGCCAUCAGUGGGUUCCUUUCACCUGGGUCUUUUAGAAGCCAUCAGUGGGUUACUGUCACCUGGGUGUUCUAUAAGCCAUCAGUGGGUUCCUGUCACCUGGGUGUUCUAGAAACCAUCAGUGGGUUCCUGUCACCUGGGUCUACGGAAGCCAUCAAUGGGUUCCUGUCAUCUGGGUCUUCUAGAAGCCAUUAGUGGGUUCCUGUCACCUGGGUCUUCUAGAAGCCAUCAGUGGGUUCCUGUCACCUGGGUCUUGUAGAAGCCAUUAGUGGGUUCCUGUCACCUGGGUCUUAUAGAAACAAUUAGUGGGUUCCUUUCACCUGGGUCUUCUAGAAGCCAAUAGUGGGUUCCUGUCACCUGGGUCUUUUAGAUUAGAAGCCAUAAGUGGGUUCCUUUCACCUGGGUCUUCUAGAAUCCCCGAGCAGUGGAACACCUUGAGAACCAUUGAGAAGGUUUGUGAUGAUACAAAUACCAGCGCCAACGUGGAUCCCAACUUUCCGAACUGGAUCCCAGCCACAGUGCCAAACUAGGAGUGGGAACACUGCAGUAUUCAUGUGUAACUUUGUUUGUUUAUUCACUCAAUAAAGAUGAAUUUGUGUUUUGGUUUUGAAAAGUGUCCAAGGUUUAACUUGGUCCUGGUGCUGGUUAUUAAAAUGUCAAUCAUGUACACCCAGUUUCAAAUAUGAGUAAACACACCAAUGACCACUGAGGAGAGAUGUGACAGGUUCGCCCACUUUAACCACGCCCCCUUGGAACACCAUAGAAGGUUCUCUGCCAAUCACCAAGGAGCCAGUGAGGAAGUCACAUGACAAAGGCGGGCCGAGCAAAGAGGACGAUUAUGGGCGUGUACUUGUGUAUGUGGAGUGUGUACUUGUAUAUGUCUAGUGUGUACUUGGGUAUGUGGAGUGUGUACUUGUGUAUGUGGAGUGUGUACUUGUAUAUGUCUAGUGUGUACUUGGGUAUGU